GUCUUCCCCUAAAGCUCAUUGUGACGUAAUACGGGUACCCAAGUCGAGGCAACGUGCCUGCGAAUAUGGCGAAUAUCAGAAGUGUCAAGGGUAUGGUGGGAUUGGUCACCGGGGGUGCCUCGGGAUUGGGGAGAGCAACAGUGGAACGCUUGAUCGGUCAGGGAGCGAGUGCGGUGAUCCUGGAUCUGCCCAGUUCUGACGGACAUAACUUGGCCACUAGCCUUGGUGACCGUUGUGCGUUUGCACCAGCUGAUGUGACAUCAGAAUCUGAUGUGCGUUCGGCAGUUGACCUUGCGCGUGAAAAGUUUGGCAGGCUUGAUUUAGCGGUGAACUGUGCUGGCAUCGCUGUGGCUGUCAAAACAUACAACUUCAAAAAGGACCUGCCCCACAGUCUGGAGGACUUUGUCCGUGUCAUCAAUGUAAACAUAGCAGGCACUUUUAAUGUCAUCAGACUGGCUGUGGGAGAGAUGGGCAAGAAUGAACCGGAUGCUGAUGGACACAGGGGUUGCAUUAUCAACACAGCUAGUGUUGCAGCUUUUGAUGGACAGGUCGGUCAGGCGGCAUACUCAGCCUCUAAAGGAGGGAUUGUGGGGAUGACGCUUCCCAUCGCCCGGGAUCUCGCUCCAAUGGGAAUCCGCGUGGUCACCAUCGCCCCUGGUUUGUUUUCCACACCUCUGCUCGCAGGAUUGCCCGAAAAGGUACGGAACUUUCUGGCGAGGCAGGUGCCCUUCCCUUCACGCCUGGGAGACCCCGCAGAGUUUGCACACCUUGUCACUGCACUGGCAGAAAACCCCAUGAUCAAUGGGGAGGUCAUCCGUUUGGAUGGAGCCAUCCGUAUGCAGCCCUGAGGGACAGAGGGAGAGGGAAGAGGAGGGUACAGAAAAAGGGUGUAAUUUCUUUGUAGUGUUUUCAGUUGCAGAGUUGCAGUCAGUCUGACCAGCCACGUAAACCCAGACGUUUGUACGUAUGCCAUUCCGCUCAGUGACCUACCAUCCAUGUUUUUGCACCUGAUUUGACUAGUAAUCCAGUAUCUUAUUAGUUAAUUCAGGUGACUUUGGGGUGAGAUGGAUUAAAUACAUGGAAUGCCAGGGGUUGGCUGAGGACCAGGCAGAGACUUUGUUGUCUGUCACAUUAUGAUCAUACCUCACGCAUCUCAGUAGACCCUGGUGAAGUUUCCUGGAUUGAGCUCAUUCUCUUCGCUGGAUAACUUCAAUAUUAUGACAAAAGCUUCAGUUGACCAAUAAUCAGAAUCUUUAAUCUGCUUGAAGAAUGUUGAUUCACUUAUUUUACAAAUGUUGCUUCAUGAAUUGGCAUCCUAAUCAGGAAAGAGAGUUCAGCCAGUUUCUUGUAGUUUAAUUUUGUGUGUGUGUGUUUUUUUUUUUUAAUAAAGAGAAAAAUACAUUGAAUUAUUCUGUAGAUUAUGUGAAUAUUACUGGGAUGCUGUAGAACUCCAAGUGCAUUUAUAAGGUUACUAUGACAUUAAGGGUCCUUGCUCUUAAUUUUUCUCUUUUUUUUUUCUUUUUUUUCUUUCUCAUACUAAAAUAACUAAAAUGGAAUGUGCAGAUUUGAUCCAAUACACUGUAAAAAUGCGUGCAAAUGUAGCCCUCUGAUGAGUUGGCUGUGGUGAUUUAAAUUGAAAUAAAUCUUAAAAACCAAA